AUGGCCCCUAUCCACAUCGACUCCACUGCUCCGGAGAGGAUGUCUCCGGAGAUCAUCAAUACCAACACCGAGUUCUGGCAGUAUGAGCACAACAACGACGUCGCCGUUGUUGGCAUGGCCUGCCGUACCGCCGGCGGGAACAACAACCCCGAGCAGCUCUGGCAGUCGCUGUUGGAUCAGAAGGACGCCUCGGGUGAGGUCCCUCCCAUGCGCUGGGAGCCCUACCACCGUCGUGACCCACGCAACCCCAAGAUUCUAAGCCAGACCACCUCGCGCGGCUAUUUCGUUGACAAUAUCGAGGCCUUUGACGGCCAGUUCUUUGGCAUUUCACCCAAGGAGGCAGAACAGAUGGACCCCCAGCAGCGGCUCUCGUUGGAAGUCACCUGGGAAGCCCUUGAGAACGCAGGAAUUCCAGCCAAGGACCUAUCAGGCAGCGACACGGCUGUAUUCUGGGGGGUCAACUCUGACGACUACUCCAAGCUUUUGCUAGAGGAUCUACCUAACGUUGAAGCCUGGAUGGGCAUUGGCAGUGCGUACUGCGGCAUCCCCAAUCGUAUUUCAUACCACCUCAACCUAAUGGGUCCCAGUACUGCGGUCGACGCGGCAUGCGCCUCUUCACUUGUUUCUGUCCACCAUGGUAUACAGUCGAUCAUUCUCAGAGAGUCCAGGAUUGCUAUCGUCGGCGGUGUUAAUGCCCUCUGUGGACCUGGCCUGACUCGCGUCCUCGAUCAGGCGGGCGCUAUCUCGUCUGAGGGCUGUUGCCGCUCCUUCGACAACGACGCCAAGGGAUACGGGCGCGGAGAGGGUGCCGCUUCUAUCAUUCUUAAGGACGUUUCCCAGGCUAUCCGCGACGGCGACCACAUCCAGGCUAUUAUUAAGGGUAGUGCCGUGGCCCAGGACGGCAAGACCAACGGUAUCAUGGCGCCCAACGCGAAGGCCCAGCAGCUCGUUGCCCGCAAGGCACUCAAAGUCGGGGAUAUCGACCCACUCUCGGUGCAGUAUGUCGAGGCUCACGCGACGUCCACUCCGCUGGGUGACCCGACCGAAGUUUCCGCCCUCGCGGGCGUGUACGGAGUGGGCCGCAAGCAAGGCAGCCCCUGUUUCAUCGGCUCUAUCAAGCCCAACAUAGGCCAUCUAGAGGCCGGUGCGGGUGCCAUGGGCUUCAUCAAGGCCGUCAUGGCCGUGGCUAAAGGUGUCCUGGCUCCCCAAGCCAACCUGAGGACGCUCAAUAGCCGCGUUGACUGGGAGACCGCCGGUGUCAAGGUUGUGCAGGAGAUUACCAAAUGGCCCGAGACAAUCCAGCCCCGUCGCGCUGCGGUUAGCUCGUAUGGUUACGGCGGCACUGUCUCGCACGCUGUUAUUGAGGCAUUCAGCACGCCUCAGUCUCCUUUGGCACCUAUCCCCUGUGCUCAAAACACCGGCCCGGUCCUACUUCUGCUGUCAGGACCUCAGGAGAAGCGUCUUUCGCUGCAGGCGCGCACGUUGAAGGACUGGCUCCAGUCCAAAGUUGGUCGUCAGCAGGACUUGGACGCCAUCACCACGACUUUGGCAUUGCGCCGCGACCACCAUGACUACCGUGCUGCCAUGGUGGUUGACAGUCAUGAAGACGCUGUCAAGGUUCUGGAUAACCUGAUCGAAGGCUCGAACCACCCUUGGAUCACCCAGAACCGCGUGUACGGAUCGGACGUGCGCAAGGAUGUAGUCUGGCUGUUCUCUGGCCACGGUGCUCAGUGGACUGAUAUGGGCAAGGAGAUGCUGCUCAACCCAGUCUUUGUUGAGGCCAUUGGGCCUCUCGAUGCGAUUGUGCAAGCAGAAAUCGGAGUCUCGCCUACUGCCCUUCUCCAGAGCGGGGAUUUCGGUGCCUCGGACGAGGUCCAGAUCCUGACGUACAUCAUGCAGAUUGGCAUCAGCGCGGUCUUGAAUCGCAAGGGUGUUUUCCCACAGGCUGUCAUCGGACAUUCUGUAGGUGAAAUUGCAGCGAGUGCCAUUGCAGGAGCUAUUACCACGGAAGAUGGCGCUCGCAUUGUCGCUCGCCGGGCUAUGCUCUACCGGAAAGUCAUGGGUCAAGGGGGUAUGAUCCUGGUCAGCAAGCCGUACUCUAUAAUUGCACAAGAGCUUGAAGGUCGCACUGAUCUUGUGGCGGCGAUUGACACCUCUCCCUCAUCUUGUGUUGUUGCGGGAGUGAAGGCGGCGAUUGAGCAGGCGGUCGAGGCUUUCAAGGAUCGUGGCAUCAAGACUUUCACCGUCCGCACCGACAUCGCUUUCCACAGCCCCAUGUUGGCCCAACUGAUUGAGCCCCUCCUCGCCACCCUGGAGGACUUGGGCCCAACGUCUCCUUCCACUGAACUGUACUCCACUUCCCUUCUGGAUCCCCGUGGCCGCGAUACUCGCGGGCCCAAAUAUUGGGCUAAUAAUAUGGUCAACCCGGUUCGUCUGAUGCCUGCUGUCAGAGCAGCCAUUGAGGACGGCUACCGAAUUUUCCUCGAAGUGUCUAGCCACCCGCUUGUAUCCUACUCCAUUACCGAAACAUUAGCUGAUGCCGGUCUUGAGGAUUACUUAGUCGUGCCUACGCUGCAGCGCCAGAAACCAAGUGAAAAGAACAUCCUUAAUGCAAUCGCGCAAUUGCACUGCUGUGGUAUUAAGGUCAACUGGAAGACCCAGCUUCCUGGGCCUUGGGCUAGUGGCCUCCCUACGACCACCUGGAUACAUCGACCCGCCUGGCGUAAGAUUGAAACGGGUCCGAUCAACACGGGAUUGACUCACGACGUUGACAAGCACACGUUGCUCGGUCAGCGCAUUGGUGUGGCCGGUACCCAGACAGUUGUCUACACCACUUGCCUUGACAAUGACACCAAGCCAUUUCCUGGCAGCCAUCCCCUGCAUGGCACAGAGAUCGUCCCAGCUGCGGGUUUGAUUAACACCUUGUUAAAAGGCACAGCGGCCAAUGUUUUGCGGAACGUCAUGCUGCGCGUGCCCGUUGCCAUGAAUGCCCCUCGCUCGGUGCAGAUUCUCGUGCAGCAGGAUGAGGUGAAGAUCAUGUCACGGCUGACCCAGAAUGAAGAGUCCACCGCUGACGGUGUUUCAUGGGUAACGCACACCACCGCACGGUGGGAGAAUGAGUCCACACAGAUCCUGCCUACCACCCCCGAACCUAUCGAUGUCGACGCCGUCAAAACUCGCAUCGGCACCCGCCUUCGCGAUGACUUUUCGAUCGAUUAUCUGGACAAGGUUGGCGUGUCGGCCAUGGGCUUCCCCUGGGCCAUCCAGGAGCACUACGGCAACACCAAACACAUGAUCGCACGUGUUGAUGUUGCGCCCAAUGUUGCUGCUGGCACCGCCUUACCCUGGGAUGCCUCGUCAUGGGCUCCGAUUCUUGAUGCCGCUACCUCGGUCGGCUCCACUAUCUUUUUCAACGAGCCUCGUCUGCGCAUGCCUGCCCAGGUCCAGAAGGUUGAGAUCUUCACCCGCGACAACCCGCCCAAGACCGGCUGGUUGUAUGUGGAAGAGGCGUCCGACACCGCGCUUGCUUCCCACGUCAGCGUCUGCAACGAUGCUGGUGAGGUUAUUGCCAAGUUCACAUCAAUGCGCUUCUCCGAGAUUGAAGGUACCCCUGGUAUCAAUGGCAGCAUAGAGAGUCUGGUGCAUCAGAUCGCAUGGCCUCCGGUCGGCCCCGUGGAGGAGCCUCUGCCUAUCUCCCGGGUCGUCGUCGUCUCUAACAGCCUGGUCUUGCGCGAGAAGUAUGCGCAGACUCUGCCAGCGAAGGUGCGAGCAUUCCAGGUGGACUCUGCCAGAGACCUUGCGGCCCAGGCUGGCUCUCUGCUGCUGAACAAAGAAACGGCCAUUGUUUAUAUUCCUGGUGAGGUGCAGUCUCUGCAGGAGGUCCUACAAGCAUCGGAAGAUUUCACCUGGGAACUGUUGGAAACCAUGAAGUUUAUUGUCAACGGCUCGAUCGCAUCCAAAUUGUUUGUGCUGACUCCCAAAGCCACCGAGGGAGACUCCGCGACGGCUUUGGCCCACGGCGCACUGGUUGGGCUGAGCCGAGUCAUGGCGAGCGAGCAUUCAGACCAAUUCGGUGGACUCAUUGACACAGAGGACACCAUUUUCCCACUGUCUACACUGCGGUACAUCCAAGGUUCCGAUAUCAUCCGCAUACGCGAUGGAGUGGCCCGCACCGCCCGCUUCCGCAGUCUCCCUCGCGACAAGCUCCGUCCUGCCUCGCAGACGUCACCUUUGCUGCCCCGAGCCGAUGGAACUUACCUGAUCACCGGCGGCCUGGGAGUGCUUGGUCUGUCUGUGGCAAACUUUCUCGUUGAAAAGGGUGCCCGCCGCUUUAUUCUCAUCUCGCGGCGCGCUCUGCCCCCACGCAAGACCUGGGGUACCGUCGAGGGUGAGCUCGCACAGGCCAUUUCCCAGAUCCAAACCCUGGAAAGCCGGGGCGCAACUGUUUAUGUAUUGUCACUGGACAUCAGCGCACGUGAUGCUGCGUACCGACUCUCCUCCACCCUUGACUGUCUCUCCCUUCCGCCUGUUCUUGGAGUCGUCCACGCUGCUGGUGUCCUGGACAACCAACUGGUCAUGAGAACCACCAAAGACGCCUUCGCCCGGGUUCUCGCACCCAAAGUGCAAGGCGCCCUCGCACUACACGAGGUCUUCCCCCCCAAGAGCGUAGACUUUUUCGUCCUCUUCUCGUCCUGCGGCCAGCUCGUCGGUUUCACAGGUCAGAGCUCCUAUGGCAGCGGAAACGCCUUCCUGGACACCCUGGCCACGCACCGCCACCGCCAGGGUGAUAACGCUGUAGCGUUCCAGUGGACCUCCUGGCGCGGAAUGGGCAUGGGUGCCAGCACGGACUUUAUCAAUGCCGAGCUGGAAAGCAAGGGUAUUACUGAUUUAACGCACCAGGAGGCCUUCGACGCCUGGCAACAUCUUGCCAAGUACAACAUGGACCACGGUGUCGUCCUCCGCAGUUUGGCCUUUGGUGACGGCGAGCCCCUGCCAACACCGAUUCUCAAUGACAUAGCCGUGCGACGUGUCGGCAAUAGGUCAUCUGCGGACUCUGGCGCUGGCUCCUUUGGUGAAACGAGCGACGCCAAUGGUGUCAUCCCCAAUUCCGCCCCGGAGCUCAAGGCCUACCUCGAAGAGAAGAUCCGCCGCUGCAUCGCAAAUGUGCUGCAAAUGGGAGCUGAGGAUGUGGAUAGCAAGGCGGCUCUGUCGGACUUGGGAGUCGACUCCGUGAUGACGGCAAGUCUGAGACGACAGUUGCAGGCGACGCUGAGAACAAAUGUGCCGCCUACGCUGACGUGGAGUCAUCCGACUCUUAGUCAUUUGAUAGAUUGGUUUGCUGAGAAGGUGGGAAAUUAG